GGAAGGCAAAAUAUUGUUUACUGACUUGAUAUAAACUUAAUUAAAUGAUAAGUUUAAUACUUUCUAAAAAAUUUAUGUUGAAUUAGAUAUUUAUAAUAUUGUUUCAAUUAAAGCUUAAUCAUGUUUUACCACAUUUCGUUAGAACAUGAGAUUUUGUUACAUCCCCGAUACUUCGGUCCCCAAUUACUCGAUACUGUAAAGCAAAAGCUCUAUACAGAGGUGGAAGGUACUUGUACAGGAAAAUAUGGCUUUGUUGUAGCUGUCACAACAAUUGAUAAUAUAGGAGCUGGUAUUAUACAACCAGGACAAGGUUUUGUAGUAUAUCCAGUCAAGUAUAAAGCGAUUGUAUUUAGGCCAUUCAAGGGUGAAGUGCUAGAUGCGAUCGUGACUCAAGUGAAUAAGGUUGGAAUGUUUGCUGAAAUAGGCCCACUUUCAUGCUUUAUAUCUCAUCACUCAAUCCCAGAGGAUAUGCAGUUUUGUCCGAAUGUGAAUCCAGCCUGUUACAAAUCGAAAGAAGAAGAUGUAGUUAUUCAGGCAGAUGACGAAAUUAGAUUGAAAAUUGUAGGCACAAGAGUUGAUGCCACGGGAAUUUUUGCUAUUGGCACAUUAAUGGACGAUUACUUAGGUAACAGGAUAUUUAACAUUAUUGUUUUGCAAAGCAUUUAAAUGAUACAUUUAUAUCUAAUUUAUUUUUUCCUUUUUCAGGCCUCGUAUGCAACUAGCAUGGCUACAAUCUAUGUCUUGUUUAAAAAUAUUUAUUAGUUUAUCUGAAUGUUUUAUAUUCUGAAAACAAUACAAGUAUCUCAAAAUACCUUCCUAUUUUUUUAUAAGCAGUGUAAAAUCGAUGUAAUCAAUCCGACAAAAAGAUAUGAAAAUGUAUAUAAAAUCAU